AGGGGCUCCACCGCGCAAAGGAAGAGAUAGGGUGCCAGCGGGCAGCCCUGCCGUACGCCCUUCCUGACCGCCACCGGUUCUCCCAGCCAACCAUUCAGCAACAGCCUCGUCGUCGAUCCAGCAUGGAGCCCUUCGCACCACUGUACGAACUUCCGCGGGAAACCCAUCCUCGCCAUCGUGCCGAAAAGGUAUUCCCGAGAGACCGAGUCGAAAGCCUUCUGGAAGUCCACCAGAAGCAAGUACCAAUCCGCGUCUUUGCACUUCGCCGCGUCAACGAUGUCCGCAACCAGCGAAACCCCGUCAGCCAGCCUUCUCCCUG